AUGGCCGGUCCAGGUGGUGGCCCCCCGCGCAAGAGCCACACCAAGUCGCGCAACGGGUGCAGGACAUGCAAGAGGAGGCACAUUCGAUGCGAUGAAAGCUUUCCGCAGUGCGGCAACUGCACCAGACACAACUGUCGCUGCGACUACCAGGACAUGCCCGCCGCACAAACCAGUCCCCCCGAUACACGCCGCGGUCCGGACCUGCUGUUGUCCCCCGACAUCGAGAUGGAGAUCGAGAACUGGCACCACACCGGCGUGCCCCCAUACCCGGAACUUCUCCAGUGCCCGCGUACCGGUUGGUCGGGCUUGUCGCGUGCCGACUUGCGCUUGAUUCACCACAUCAUUGGGCUCUCUAUUGACCUCCAUCGGCGGGGUUUGAGUGGCACCACGGUGUGGGCGCAGAAGAUGCCCAACUUCCUUGCUAUUGCGCUGUCCAACGAUUUUGUGAUGAGUGCCAUCUUGGGUCUCUCGGCGUUUCAUCUGGCCUUCCUCACGCGAGAUAAGGAGACUGAGCAGUUGGCAUAUCAUCACAAAGUCACAGCGCUGGGCGGCCUGCAGACUGCGCUUGGGUCCUUUUCCAAGGAAAACUGUAACGCCAUUCUUGCCGCGUCUAUCUUACUCUCUUGGCAGGCGACAGAACAACAAAGUUGGACGUCUCUGCAACAAGGGAUCUCGAGCGUUCUCGAGUCCAUGCAUCCAUUCUGGCAGCAGGAGUCUGAGCUCGCGCAACUCGUCGAGAGCCAACGUUCCCUAAGCAUGAUGGAUCUCGCCAUGGGCGCUGGAUAUCAGGCGCUGGACGAGGACAUGCUGCACUUGGACCAGACGAUCCAGGCGCUCCAACUAGCCCACAAGCGCGUGUCCCACAACCAAGAGCACACACAACGCCUGGGGGAACUUCUUGAGUUUCUCCAACAGUUCAGCGAGGACUUCCCCUCGCAAACAGCAGAGCAGUCCUUCGAGCGCAUCCAGAUCCUGCGCCGCUGGUUGUUCUGGCUGCCAGCGUCCAUGCUGCGCGGCGGCGAAGGAGACCUCCCGGCCCUGGCAAUCCUGGCCCAGUUCUUUGCCGUCGGCGUGGCCCUCGACUCUUUCUACCCGGACAUGGGCGGCGCAUAUCUCGGCGCGUUAUCUAUCGGACCCAUCGAACAGACGCACCGGAUCCUGGCCGCGCACAGCGCAGCCGACCCCUUCAACGCCGAGCUGCGACUCGCCCUCGCCCUCAUGGACCUGCCCCAGCGCAUCGUCGCCCGCUACCGCAGUCGUCUGCCCUGGUCGCCGCGGCCCUCGAUCGAGCACUACUCGCCGGGUCCGCCGAGUCCCUACCACACCCUCUCCGAAUACCCAUUCGCGUCAUCGUCCUCUCCCGCAUCUGCAUCCCCCUCCUACGCUGCCUAUACGCCACCGCUGCACUCCCCGCCCGCUGUGACCGUUGCCGGGUCCCCGUUCCACAUCCCGGAUGGCUAUGUCGCCGCUGCCCCCUCGCACUCGCUUUACCCUUCCUCCCCACAGCUCCUCGAUACCCAUGACCCGCACUUGGGUCUAUCUGAUUUGAGUCCUGUUAGCUCCAUCUCGCCCUCGUCUGCUUUUACGCCGCCUUAUGGCGGAGAUGUUAUGUGUGGUGACUUGACGCGUGCCGAUGGUACUCUGGGGCUUAAUAUGGACGUCUACCCGCACACGCAGACAUUCGAUGUGCCUGAGUUGGUUGCUCCAGAACCGGACUGGUAA